CAUCCACCUGUGGCCUGCAGACGAGUUGAUGAGACGCUCCCGAUUACAAGAAGUCAUUUCUUUGUUUGAUCAGCUUUACAGGGUUCCUUCUGGCAACCUCCUAGUGAUAGUUAGUGUAUGUGGCAGUGCAAAGAAUGCAGUUUGGAACUAGAUAGCAGAUUAAAAUUAUUCUGUAAUGGCAGCUGUAGCUGUUCUGCGAGUCCUUUUUGGUGACGAGUCUGACUCAAGAAAAUUAUCCCUAGCCUCUGGAAUUCCAGCAACAGUGGAACAACUGCACACAUCAGUAAAGACAUUCUUUGGAUUGCAACAGGAUUUCCGUUUGCAAUAUAUGGAUGCUGACUUGAAUGGUUUUGUGAACCUAACUUCAGUGUCUGAAAUUGCUAACAAAAGCACAUUGAGAGUAAUAUACUAUCCUGUCUUGUCACCCGACUUAUCUGGUGAGACCUCACUUACCAGUUGCCCAGAUCCUCAAACUCCUGCUUCAUCAAUAGCCUCAUCCAGCAGCAAUAAUACACUCUAUACAUCAACCCCACAUUCAUCCCCAGAAACUCAGCCCUCAGGACUUUCUUCCUGGCCCAAAGUGUUUCAGAUCCCUAAAUUCACCUAUGAGGCUGAAUUUGAGCUGCAACAAAAAAAUAUAGAGUUUGAGACAAACGGCACAUACUUCAACCCUGGUUUUAAGCUGAAAGGAAUUCUCCUUGACGGCCUAGCCCAAGAAAUGAUAAAAUACACAAAAUACCCAAAAGACUAUCAAUGUGAAGAGGUAGCAGCAGCUCUGACAAGGGCACAUCCUUGUUUGGGUCAGCUAGGUUCUAAAACAGGAUUUUGGGGUUGGAAACAGUCUCUGAAGUACAAAAUGCAAAACUACAGAACAAAGCUUGGGCGACUUGGACAUCCUGAAAUCCGUGUUAACUCAUUGAAGCACAAAAGAGAAGGCCAAGGCAAAUCUGCAGCCAACAUCAAGAAACCAAGAAAAGCCGAAGUCAACUACAUUCCUUUGCACCCAAAAGGGGAAACAACAGAAAGCUUGGAAAAUGAAAGAAUUUCUUUAUUGUGUGAAGUGAAAAAGCGUGACAAUGAAGCAGUCAUAAAAGCAAAAAUGGAAAAAACGUUCUCUCUCAGACGUCUUGAAAUUGUGCAGCAGAGGCCAAUGAUAGAAGAGUUCAAAAACAGAUGGCCUGCCCUGUUUGAAGAGAAUGAAGUGAAUGCAGAGUUCCUGCGAAUCACCACUAAGCCACUACAAUCAAAGUUCUUGUCACAGCUGGAUCACUUCUCUGACAAGCUGAUGCAGGUCUUCAAGAAGAAAGGAGGAAUGAAGGGGCAAAGGAUCAAGGAUGUCCUGGCGAUUAAUGAUGUGUGUGAUGACAUCAACACCAGAAGGGAGUGCAUUCUGAGAAGCCUUGUCAUUUACCUCAAUGAAGAUCCUGAUUCAUUCUUCAAGGCAAAUUUGGCCUCUGGCACUGAUGAUGUGGAGAGGGGCAUCUCAAGCACAGUCAUGGGGAUUUACAUAAUCAGAAGUUAUGACAACGGGAAGCCACAGGAUGUGGGAAUUGUGAUCGAAGGCAUUAAAGUUCUGACCAACGUUGGCAGUGUCAUCAUGGGUUUUGUUGUGCUGUUUGGGCUCAUUUAUGCCCUUGAUCUGAGAUUUCCAGAAAACCUCAAGUACACCUUUGAGUUCAUCCAGAAAAUCAUAAUGAAUCUGGAUGGACACAAGCUCAAUCCAAAGAUACAGCAGCUGAAAAUCAAAUUGUUUUCUUAAAGUGAACACCAGAUGACAAAUAAAUGAAGUUUCUUUACGCUUUUCG